AUGUUCUGGACCAAAGAACAAGACUUCAACCCAAAAGACAUGCCCUCUCUUGAAGGAAAGGUCAUUCUCGUCACAGGUGCCACCGCCGGUUUAGGCAAAGAAUCCGUCCUCCAAUUCGCACACCACAAUCCCCAGCGCAUUUAUCUCUGCGGUCGAAACCUGCAAAAAUCACAGCUCGCAGCCCAAUAUAUCAAGCACCAUGUCCCAUCCGCUUCAAUCAGACUCCUCCAUCUUGAUCUUGGCUCGUUUGCCUCUGUCAAAGAAGCAGCGCGGAUCAUGCUCUCAGAAUGUGAAAGGCUCGACAUCUUGAUGCUCAACGCAGGCAUCAUGUUUGUCCCUCUUGGUCGUACUGCAGACGGUUAUGAGAUCCACUUUGGCACGAAUCACAUGGGUCAUGCGCUCCUCACGAAACUACUUAUCCCGUUGCUCAACAAGACAACGCGUAUACCCGGUUCAGACGUGAGAGUUGUGUGUCUUGCAUCCCAUGGACACGUCUAUCUGAACAAAGGCGGCAUCAACUAUGAUACCCUCAAGACUGACGGCGAGUCAGUUGGUCUUUAUCAGUGCUACUACCAGAGCAAGCUUGCCAACAUCCUCUGGGCGCGCCAGCUGGCCAAGAAGUUUCCGCAUUUCAAAGUGUCUGCUAUCGAUCCUGGUCUGGUGAACACGGAGUUGUUAGUGAAGGCAACGGGUAUGGUUUGGUACUUGUAUGCAGUGGUGAGAUGUAUGUUGAUCACGCCUGUUGCAAAGGGCGUUAGGAAUCAGCUUUGGGCGUCGGUUUCAAAGGAUGUUGUUAGUGGAGAGUACUAUGAGCCGGUUGGGAAGCAUGGCCUGGCGACCGAGGAGGGUAGAGAUGAUAAGUUGGCGGAGAAGCUCUGGGAAUGGACUGAGAGUAAGUUGGCCACGGUUCUGUAA